AUGAUUGAGGGUGAGCGUUCCUUUUGUGGAUACGCCAGAGGCGCGGGUGUUGACGUGGAGGAUGUCCUUGUGCGUGACGAGGACGAGGAGGUAGAGCGGUUAAAGGUCAAGUUUGACAAGCGCCUGAGCAACUGCGCCGAGGCUCUUGUCCUGUCAAAGCAGGAGGUUGAGGAUAGUCUGUACCAAUUAAAGCGGUGUGUCAUUUCUCUCUCCUUCCUCUUCGCUCUGGACCUGGAUGAUGGUUCACAUAUGGCUCUCCUCGGCCUGCCUUCUUGUCCCAUUGUCGGUUUUGUACGUGUCCUUGUGAUGGGGCUUCCAUUGUGGAAGGGUAGACUUAAGGUGGGAGAUUUCAAAAUCUCAUUAUGA